AUGUGAUGAUGCAGUAAGUCACCUCUGAAGAAGGCUAAAUUUCUGGGAAUGAAAUGUUGGAAACUAGUUCGUGGAAAAACUGUUGAAGACAUAUCAUAACAACUAGUUAAACAACUGUAAAUAGUAACUGCAUUAUAAUACAAGGUGUUAAGAAGGAAUCAGAAAGAAGAGUUCAAUGGCUCAGUGGGCCAAGCUGCAACAGUUACAAGGAGAGGCUUUGAAACAAGUACAGAAUGUAUACGGUGAUCACUUUCCCUUAGAGGUUCGAUUUGUUCUGGCACAAUGGAUAGAGGACAAACCAUGGAGUGAAUUAGAUCCAGAUAACCCUAAUCAUGAAAAUUAUGCAGCUAGAUUAGCUGUUUCUUUAAUUCAAGAGUUGGAGAAGAAAGCAAGUUCUGAGGACUUAAAUUUCAUAAUGAAACUUAAGCUUGAUGAAGCUGCUGUUUAUUUCAGAGAUCACUACAGCAGUAAUCCUCAACAGCUUAUAAAGGUUAUUAAAAACUGUCUGCAGGCUGAACAUAAUGCUAUUCAAUUAGCUGAAAAUCCAUGUGUUCACGUACCGAACCAAAUAUUGGGAAUAUCUCACAUACACCAGGAAAUCAGCCAGCAUUUGGAUAAGCUAAAAAAGAAAACACAAGAAACCGAAGAAGAAGUACGGCGUAUGCAACAAGAACAAGAAUCUUUUGUGAUACAGUACCAGGAGAGUGCUAAACGUCAAGCACAGAUUCAACAGUUAACAAACCAGCCCAAUACUCACAAUAAUGUAGAAAUGCUUAGUAAGCUACAGAGAGAAAAGGAAUUGUUGGACGAUGCUUUACGUCAGCGAGCUACUUCACUGGUUCAACAGAGGCAGGCCCUUGCUGACAGACAACAAGACACCUUGAUGCAAGUUCAUGCUCUACAGACCCGAGUCUUGGAUGAUGAACUCAUUAAGUGGAAACGAAACCAGCAGCUAUCUGGGAAUGGUGUUAUAUUUGAAAAUAAUCUGGAUCAGAUUCAAGAAUGGUGUGAAUUACUUGUGGAAAUCAUAUGGCAGAACAGACAACAAAUUAAACGAGUCGAAAUGCUGUGCAGUCAGCUGCCUAUUAAUUCUCCGAUGGGAAACAUUUUGGAAAGGUUCAGAUCCCUAAAUUCAGAUAUCACAGGUCUACUUUCAUCACUUGUCACAAGCACCUUUGUUAUUGAGAAAUUGCCACCUCAAGUCAUGAAGACCAACACCAGGUUUACUGCUACUGUCAGACUGUUGGUAGGAGGUAAACUUAAUGUUCACAUGACCCCACCACAAGUCAGAGUCACCAUCAUAAGUGAAGCACAAGCAAAUUCCCUCCUGAAAAACAAAGUGGGAAUGACUGAGGCAAGUGGAGAAAUAUUAAACAAUACAGGGACUAUGGAAUACCACCAAGCUACCCGGCAGCUCAGUGUCAGUUUCAGAAAUAUGCAACUUCGAAAAAUUAAGAGAGCAGAAAAGAAAGGAACUGAGUCUGUGAUGGAUGAGAAAUUUUCGCUGUUGUUUCAAUCCGAGUUCAAGGUAGGAGGUGAAGAACUGGUUUUCAGAGUAUGGACGUUAUCUCUUCCUGUUGUGGUCAUUGUUCAUGGUAAUCAAGAACCACAUGCUUGGGCAACAGUCACUUGGGACAAUGCAUUUGCAGAACCUGUAUAUAUUCCACCUAGAAUGUCUGACUCAUAUCAGGGUCGGGUUCCCUUUGCUGUACCGGACAAAGUUCCUUGGCCUCAAAUGGCAGAAGUGUUAAACAUGAAAUUCCAUGCUGCUUGUGGACAGGGCCUUUCAGCAGAGAACUUGCAGUAUUUGGCGACUAAAGGAUUUCGGAAUUCACAAAUUCAAGACUUUAGUAACAUGAUGAUUACCUGGUCACAAUUUUGUAAAGAACCCCUUCCCGAUAGAAAUUUUACUUUCUGGGAGUGGUUUUAUGCAAUCAUGAAAGUUACCAGGGAACAUCUGCGUGUGCUUUGGAAUGAUGGAGUUGUCAUUGGAUUCAUUGGGAGACGAAAUGCUGAAGAAAUGCUGUUGAAGAGACCUAGUGGAACAUUCCUUCUUCGAUUCAGUGAUUCUGAGCUUGGUGGUGUAACUAUAGCCUGGGUAGCUGAAGAUCCACAGCAAGAGACACAUGAAGUGUUUAUGCUCCAGCCUUUUACCAGCCGAGACUUUUCUAUCCGUACGCUUGCGGACCGCAUCAAUGACUUGAAGCAUCUCUUAUACCUGUAUCCAGAUAGGGCAAAGGAUCAAGCCUUUGGAAAGUAUUACACUCCAUUCACAGAAAACCAACCCCCUUCCAGUAAUGGAUAUGUUAAGCCAGUUCUAGUGACACACAUACCAGGUUUAACAGGGAUGGUUAGCGGACUUGACAGUUUUCCUGGAACACCCCAGUCCUAUUUUCCACCCCAUUCUCCUGACACUGGUGGUUACAUUGAUCCCUCUUCCAUGCCAGGCAGUGGUGACCAACCCAUGCAUGCCGGUGCAGCAGUGUCUGAUAUGGACUACGAUUUGCUAGGCAUGGACCUGAUGUCGGGAGACAUGGAUGUGCCGGUAGAUUUCUCAACCAUCAAUGUUAGUGACCUCGUGGCUUACACCAAAUCUGAAUAAAAGUCUUACUUGAAACCUUGGAGAGAUGCAGUGGUUCCUGAAGAAUGGAAAUAUGCUUACUCGUCAAGGAAGUUCCACGAUUCUAACUUGCUCAUGUGAACAUGUUAAGUGCUUGUGAAGCUAUAUAAAUCUUUACUUUUCUUUGAAAUGCACCUGCUAGAAAUUUUGAAUUGCAGUACAAAAUACGCUUAAUAUAAAUUUGUGACAAAAUGACACCAAUUAAUACAGUGAAAUUAUAAAAAAACUAGAUUAUCUUGUCAGUAAUUACAUUAAAACAUCUAUAUGAGAAUGAAAGAAGAAAUCUGUUAAGUUUAAAAUAAAUAUCACCAGAAUGAUAGCUUAAGUAUUUGUGUAUUAGAACAACGGUAGCUUUCGAGCUAUCAUGGGAGAUGAGUUGUUCUUUAAAUUUCUGCACAGAUGUGUAGAUUUUCUCAUUGUUGAGCUUUAUUAUUAGGUUUUCUGUAAAAUAGUCGUACAGGAUAUUUGUAAUAUAUCCAUAUCAGAAGUUAUAAGAUAUACAUAACUUCUACCAAGAAAAGUGCGAAGUUAUUUGAAUUGUUUACAUCAGUCUUGGUUAGUUCACCAUCUUUGUUGACUAGCUGCUCAACUUGGCAGUAAUUGGUUCGAGCUUUGUUGUGGUUCUAUGAAAAUGUUAUUAACUAUUAUCAUUGCUUUUAUUCGAAAACAUUAUUCACAUUUUCAUGGUGUGCUUUUUUUUUUUAUGAAUACUUUUACUGUUAUGUCAGUUGUUAUUACAUUCGAUCUUGUUUUAUGUACAGGUAUGUAUCAUGUAAAAUACAAAAAUGGAAAGUUGUUCAGUUGAAAUUAGUCACUUUUUCGAUACUUAGAAAUUUGUCAAACAAAUGUACUUUCACAAAUUCAUUGUUGUAUAUUUGACAUAUGUAAGGCCAUUAUCUUUUAUUUGUUUUUUUAAAGGGAAUCUUGGAUAAACAUUUGGAUAGGUAGGGAGAAUAAGAAUAUAAAUGUACAAUAACAUGAAUGAUCAUAGAAAGAAAAAUAAAGUACGAGGGUUUUCCAAACUAGUAUUUAAAGAUGUUUAUAUGCUGUUCAAACUCGGGCAUUUUGUUUAGUAAUCCUUUAGUGAACAGGUAUUUUGAGUAAUCAGGAAAAUAUAAAGAAUAUCUGUUUGUAUGAUCUUGUUUUUCAAGUAAAACAGAAAUACUGCUAUUAAAUUUUUAAAAACAUUUUCAAGAUAAAAUACCUUCGUAAAAGAAAAACUCCUGCUCUCUGUCAUGAAGCAUGUUAAAAAUUGACCCCACCCCAAUUACUAUUGCUGUUACUCCCAGGGCUAGGAUUAACAUUUACUUCUAUUUAAUACUGACUUUCAUUUUAUUUACUGAUGAUUAAUACCAUUGCUAAUCUUUUAAAUUGUUUUUGUUUUAUGUAUUUUGAAUCACCCAAAAAAAACAUGAUACACUGAAAUGAAAAUAUUCCAUUGCACCUUUUUUUUUAAAGUACUGGAGUGAUGACUUGUGUGUAGCCUUAGUGGUUAGCAUCCUGGACUGUGGAUUCCAGUGUCCAAGGUUUGCAUUUGAUUGCCACGAAAACACUCCACGCUUUAGUGUAAUAGUUGUGUUAUAAGAGUGACAGUCAAAUCCCACUAUUCAAUUAAAGUAGCGGCGGGGGCUGUUGGCUAGCUAGCUGCCUUUAUUCUAUAGUGUUCACAGUUAGCGGUUGUUAGCCAAGAUAGCCCUUGUGUAGUUUCACGUGAAUUAUUUUUUUUGUUCAUUAAUAUUUUGUCGAUAUUGAUGGCAGUAAUAAGAAUUAAUAUUUCAUUGACUACUAAAUUAAUCAUUAUUUUAAUAUUGUAAUGAUGCUAAAUAAUGUUUAUUUGUUAGGAUAUUUAAUAUUCCGGAUAUUAAUUUAUAAAUUGAGGCUGUUAAAAGAGUUCUUUUCAGAUUCGCGUAUCGUGCGCCACGAACUCGGAAUUUUACUUUAAAAUCGAUUGUUGAAUAUUUUAUCAUUAUAAAUAUUUGUUUAACUAAUUGAAUAUUUGGGUUGGUGGAUUAAAAAAAACGAGAGAACAUUUGCUUUAUUGAAACAAUUAUUUGGGGAACCUAUAAAUCACGUAAUAAAAAAUAAUGGCCUGAUAUGCACAUGGUGCUGUUACAAUUUAUUUUGUUUGUGUUACAAAUAAAGCUAAAAUGUAAUGAACAUACUUGUUUUAAUGGAUUAACUCAGUGAUAGAAUACUGUAAUCUGCUACAUAUCUUUAAUCUUUCUUGUACAGAUAAGUUGUAGGUGCUCAGUGAUAUAUUUGUUUUCUUUUUAUAUUCUUGUUGUUUCAUGUCAAGUUGACUCUAGACUUCAAGUAUUUUUAGGCCCAUUUACUGGCUCAUAGGGGUGAAAUAAAAGUGUUGAAAAACUGAAAA